AUGGCUGCGGACUGGGCGGAAGUUUUCAAUCCAAAGGAGAGGUUCGAGCGAAGAAGCAAGACAAAGACAGGCGAAUUUGGGCGGAGAAGCCGCCAGGUCACAGGAGGGAAAAGGCCCGUAAAUUACCACAUCGUGACCAGCCAACAACAAAGCAGCUGGCGUGUAAUCCGGCGGUAUCGUAACCGUGUCGAUGGAGCUGGCUUACCCCUGGCGAGUCUCAGCUGGAACACACCGCCGCACGCUGAUUGGCUCGCGGCGUGUUUUAUCAGCCACACCGCUCCACCGCGCCGAUGGGGCUGGAGGUCAGAAAAAUGCCAAGAAAAGCGCGCUCUGACGCUUCGCUUUCUCCCGUCGCACCAGCGAGUCGGCCGCGCGCGGUUGGAGGGCGCUUUUGCGGUGCUGGCUGGCUUGUCUGGGGCAAAGGACGGGGCGUUGGCACGGGGUAUCGGAUGGAUGGUUGUGUCAAAGGGGGGAUGCUUGAGUUCCUAUGCCCAAAAAGAUCGAAGUCCCGCCCAACUCCUUGAAGGAGAAAAAGUCGAGACAAAGUGA